AUGAUAUCAAUUAGUCCUACGACCAUUCAACCGCCGACAACGGUACCACUGUGCCUGGAAGUGAGUUUCAAGUCGCCGUAUCGUGCACCUGUCCUUGAAAGCACAAUAACAGCUGAAACAACAGUGUCACGAUCCGAUAGCACUCUUCAAAAUCAGGAUCAGAAUUCUAGUUUUAAUCUAACACAGUCUCAACAACCUACAUUGACACGAACCAGUCAUACUGAUACAACAGUUAGUAUAUUAAGUAGUGAUUUUUCUCUGUUUCAACAAACACCAUUAACGACAAUUAGCACUGAGACAUCUGCGAAACAAUCAACUGGAAACCGUCUCUGUCAAAGUUUAACUAAAUUAAAAUCAUUAUCUAAAAAGAAGAUUACUAUGGAUAAUGAGGAUGCCAUAACAAGUCAGAUAACCGAAUUAUCAAAGUUAACGUAUAAUGAUCGGAUGAAAAAAAUUGAAGAACCUGAUCAACGCUCAUUUAAAGAUAUUUUAGAAGUCAACGCAUGCAUUUUAAAUCCAACUACAAUUCGAUUUGAUUGUAUUACGAAAACGAUGGUAGAAGUUUGUGUUCUGGAAAAAAAAAUGCGAAAAUUACUUGACAAUCUUGGCACUAUUCUUAUGGUUCAACCAAGAGAUGUUUUAUCGAUGGAUUGUGAGAUACUUACGAAACUUGCUUCAAUGUUUAUUGAGAAACCAUUCAUUAUAAAAGUGAAAAAAUUAUCGCCACCUGAUUCUAAUGCUCCAAUUAUUAUUAUACCUGAAACUGGACCGACAGCUGCGUUUGGAACGUUAUAUGUUCAAAGAGUAAAAGUUUUCAAUAUUGGGCGUGCGGAUCAUGGUUUACAAGUAUUAAUUGCUUUAUAUCUUUGUAUGCAUGUCUGUUACAAUAUUGAAAAUGAUAACAUGUUCUUAAAUACUAUGUCAUUUAUAACCAAUGUGAUGUUUACAGAAGAUUAUAAACCAGAUGGAAUAUUAUCACAAGCCAAAACAUUAAACACUGAUAGUAGUACUCAAACGUUGAUAACAACCACAGCUGCUAUUCUUUCAUUACCUCUACCACUAUAUGACGAUACUGAUAACGAGGAAGAUAUUACAUUAUUUGAUACUUCUGACCCUAGUGAAGACGAGCAAGAAGAAAUGGAGAAGGAGCAGAGUCGUAACAGAAGAAAUGUGGAAUUGGUGCACAAAUACGCUGUGAUUCCAUUUAAAUCUAGUUUACAACAUUUCCUAUGUUUACCUGAAGUACAAAAUGAUUUAGCGACAACAUGGGAACCCUAUGAUUCAAAGGCCAUACUAGAUAUAUAUCAUGGAGAUUUUAUUCGCUUAAAUCCGUUGUACAAUAACAAUCAAAAUAUUAUUCAUCUUGAAUUAACGAGUGAUGAUUUACAGAUAUCAAACCCGGUAGGAAACAGACACCAUAAGAUGUUUUUUUUCUACUGGUCUAUGUUAAAUCUUCAGCGCGCUCAUCGUUCCUGUUUACCGGCUAAACGUUUAAUAUGUGCCUCUCCAAGAAGUUUGGUUGGUGCCGGUUUACUUGGUGAUGCUUUAAAAUCUUUUUUGAAGGAUUUGGAAGAUUUAUCCACGAAUGGGUAAGUAGUACGUGUUAUCUUUCGCAAUCAAUAUUUAAAAACGCAAAAGGAUUGAACGUUGGCCAAAUCUUUUCAAUCAGCUCAAAGCUAAAUAUGAUCCUAUUUCUUAAGUUGUUUUAGCCAAAAAUGUGAAAUCUUAACCUAUACUUGCGUUGACAACUAUCUACUAUCCAUACCAAAAUACAGUGCCGGGUGCCACUUUUUGAAUAACUUCUGAUAGAAAUGAGAUACAGACCUACGGUUUUCG